CGGCCUCACGCGCAGUUGCUCUCUCUCGUCUGCGUUAUUUACAAACAUUUUAUUAACGCGGACAUUGUUAAAAACGUAAAACUCAAUGUGUCCAGUGCUAUGAGUUGUGUGUUUUGUAAUUACAAUAAGUACAUUGCACCGUGCAGUAUCCUGUGAUUUCGUGCACGUGUCCAUUUCUAACUUAUUUCUAGAGCACUUCAGAGCAGUAGAAGAUGCAAGCCGCGAGCCCGAGCACCCGGGGCAGUCCCGACUCACAAUCUCCUCCAGGAGGAGUGGAGCUCCGCGAGGAUGUGCCGCUGACGCCGAGCGGGUCGGGGGGCGGAGCGCGCCUGUGCGCGGGGGGGCCGCGGUUCAUCGUGGCGUCUUUCGCAGCCCUCACCGCCGCCACCACCCUCGCGCUCCUCACGCAGAUAUACUACGGAGAUUAUGAGGUGGUCCCUCACGGCAGCGUGUCUUCAGACGCGAAGUCGUGUUCCGGUGCGGGCACGGAGGCGCUGAAGGCGGGCGGGCGCUCCAUGGACGCCGCCGUGGCCGCCGCGCUGUGCCUCGCCGUGGUCGCGCCGCAUCGGACCUCACUCGACGCGAGUGGCACCCUGCUGUACUGGGAGUACAGAGAGUGGCGGAGGUCGGCGGCGUGGCUGGCGGAGUGGGGCGGGACGGGGGUGCGGCGCGGGGCGACUCCGCGUCUGCUGGUCGCGCUCGCCGCGCUGCACGCGCAGUACGGACGCCUGCCCUGGUCGCAGCUGUUGCAGCCCGCCGUCGACCUCGCCAGACGCGGACCCGACGCGUCGGUCGGGGUGGGGGCGGCGCGGGGCGGCGGUCCGGGCGCCCCCGCGCGCGCGCUUCUCGCCGACUACCUCGAGUCACUACAGCACAACACUAGUGCAGAGUUAUCCAGCGCGUGGUCGAGUGAGAGCGACAUGCGAGUGUCGAGUCCGGCAGCGGUGCGCGCGGGGGGCUGGCGGGUGUGGGCGGGGGGUGCGGGCGCGGGGACAGUCGCGCGCGCGCUCGUCGCGGGACUCUCUCCGCCGCCCGCAGAUGUUGACGACGCGACGCGCCGAGUGGUAGCCGCAUUACAGCAGGAGGCCGCGUCGGACGCGCUGUCCCCGGGCGGCGUGUCCUCCGGGCUGGCGGUGGUCGACGCGCAGGACACCUACCUCGCGCUCGUCACGGGCCUGUCGGUGCCGUUCGGGUCGGGUCCGGUGACGUCAUCCGGUUGGAGCCAGGACUUUCCCACCGCUCCACUCGAUCUCACCCCAGCUAUACUUGUGGACCAGUUCGUCUGUGGUACACGAUACGUGCUGGGCGGGUCAUCGGCGGCAGCGGUCGCGCAGGCUGCAGCGGCGCUCGCGGUGACCGGCGUCCCCUCCGCCGUCGAGCGUGGCCGCGCGUCCGACACCACGCCCGCGUCCGCGUCCGACCCCGCGCCCGCGUCCGAUCCCGCGCCCGCUGUUAACGUGGUGCAGCAGCGAGGGGACGCGCUGGCGUCGCACGCGGACAGUCGCGGUGGCGGCCUCGCAUCGCGGUUCUGAUCUCAAUAUAUAACACGUCAUCGAACUACGCAUUUUACAGUAUUUUGUCUAAAUGGAUGUGUUCAUUGUUAUUCCGUGUAAAUUCCUAUAAGUUGGUCUCCAAGUGAUGUGUCACAACAUGUUAUUCGGAGACUAUUAGCAUCUACUAGACGGAUUUCAGAAGGUUUGUUAAGUAAUCUGUGCUAGCUGUCCGAAGGGGGCUCAUGAAAAAGUAUUGUGAAAACAACAUGAUGAUUAACAUUUUUGAAGGUCUGGCGGCUGUCUACUCGUACAUUAUAAUCCUACGGUUAACGGGCUCUUACCACGAUUUUCACUUUUUAUAAGUUUCUGAUAUUUCCGACACGCACUUGGCGCUUUACAGAAUAGUUAAUACUUACUUACCAUAAUAAGCACUUAACAUAUAAGAUUUUACAGUUCAAUAACAGGGCUUAUCGUGUGUCGUAUAUCCAUCGACGUAGUACAUAAUAAGUACCUAUAUCUCAGUAGUGGGCCGCGCAGAUUCUGCUCAGAGCUGAUCCGCGUCGAUUGUUGCAUUUCGUAAUUUCUGUGUCGUAAACGUAAGAUAUAUUUAUUAUAAUUGAUUACGAGUAUAAAGGACGAGCAGUGCAAGGUCCUGGGAUUGCGAGGAUAUAGAUCUGCUUGUGUACUUAUUCUGUAUUCGUUCGACUCGGAGAGCAAACUUAAUGCAUGACAAACAAAUGUUAAUAUUAUUUAUUUUCAAUAAAGUUAAGCUGAUGAGAAAUUUAAGAAGUA